AUGCUAAUCUUUCUUUGCACACUUAUCAUCCAUCAGCAUCAUACAAAGGCGGAAAAUGCCAUUUGUCGAUUGAUGGGAGACCCCAAGCACCCACUGCUGUCUAAGGAUGGGGACAUAACUAUUGGAGGGCUUUUUGCAUUCAGAAUGAUAGAAACAUUACCUUCAUUGGAGUUUACCCAAAAACCUGAGCCUCUGUCAUGCUCCAGUGUGAAUCUAAGAGAUUUUCGGUUGGCUCAAACUAUGACCUUUGCCAUUGAGGAGAUUAACAGAAGUGAAACUUUACUCCCAAACAUUUCGAUAGGCUAUAAAAUCUUUGACACUUGUGCUUCAAGACUGUCUGCUAUGAGUGCAACUAUGGCAUUGAUGAAUGGUCAGGAGUUUGCAGCAGGAGACAGAUGCAAUGGACAGUCUCCUAUACAUGCUAUUAUAGGGGAAACAGAGUCCUCUGCCACAGUGAUUUUGGCCAGAACCACAGGACCUUUCAAAAUUCCUGUGAUAAGUCACUCAGCCACAUGUGAGUGUCUCAGUAACAGAAAAGAUUUCCCCUCAUUCUUCAGGACUAUUGCUAGUGAUUAUCACCAGAGCAGAGCACUUGCAUACAUAGUCAAACACUUUGGCUGGACUUGGGUUGGGGCUGUAAACAGUGACAAUGAUUAUGGAAACAGUGGAAUGGCCAUAUUUCUCAAUACAGCGCAGGAGGAGGGAAUUUGUGUAGAGUACUCUGAGAAAUUUUACAGAACAGAGCCUGAAAAACUCCUAAAAGUUGUAAACAUCAUCAAACAAAGCACUGCAAAAGUCAUUGUUGCAUUUCUUACUAGUUCAGAGAUGUCCAUUCUACUUGAACAGCUAUAUAUUCAGAACAUUACAGGCCUGCAAAUGAUUGGCGUAGAGGCAUGGAUAACAGCAAAAAGGUUGAUCACACCGACAAGUUUUCGUGUGCUGGGAGGAUCACUAGGGUUUUCAGUGAGAAAACUUGAUAUUAAUGGGUUUUCAGAUUAUGUUAUAAAAGCAUUUUGGGACACAGCUUUUCAAUGCUCAGAGGGAGAUGGGAAUUCAUCUCAAAAUGCAGUAAUUUGCAGCAAAUACCAAGAUUUACUUGUGCUAAAAAAUUACAAUGAAGAUGUGCCUGAGCAAAGAUAUUCAAGUAAUGUCUAUAAGGCAGUGUAUGCUGUGGCUUAUGCAUUACACAGUCUGCUGCAGUGCAAAAAACAAGAAGGUUGUGAGAAAAACCUGACAAUACAACCACAGCAGGUGGUUGAAGCUCUGAAAAAGGUAAAUUUUACAGUAAAGUUUGGAGAUAAUGUGUGGUUUGAUAACACUGGUGCUGCAGUAGCCCAGUAUGAAGUUGUGAACUGGCAGCAGGACUCAGAUGGAUCAGUCCAGUUUAAAGCAGUGGGUUACUACGAUGGCUCACUGCCCCCUGACCAGCGCUUUGUACUUAACCCUGAAAACAUAAUCUGGGCUGGAGGACAACUGGAGAAGCCAAGGUCUGUGUGCAGUGAGAGUUGUCCUCCAGGCACUAGGAAGGCCGCACAGAAAGGAAGACCUGUCUGCUGUUAUGACUGUAUUACAUGUGCAGAUGGAGAGAUCAGUAAUGAGACAGAUUCAAAUAACUGCCAGCAGUGUCCAGGGGAAUACUGGUCUAAUACUGAGAACACUGAAUGUGUGUUAAAGGCUGUAGAGUUUCUGUCAUUCACAGAAGUUAUGGGUAUAUUGUUAGUCUUUUUCUCUCUGUUUGGAGUAGGAAUAACUGUACUGGUGGCAAUUCUGUUUUACAGUAAGAAGGACACUCCCAUAGUAAAAGCCAACAACUCAGAGCUGAGCUUCCUGUUGCUCUUCUCAUUGAUUCUGUGUUUUCUCUGUUCACUUACUUUCAUUGGUCGCCCCACUGAGUGGUCCUGUAUGUUGCGUCACACAGCAUUUGGGAUCACUUUUGUCCUCUGUAUCUCAUGUGUCCUGGGGAAAACAAUAGUGGUGUUAAUGGCAUUCAGGGCCACACUUCCAGGAAGUAAUGUCAUGAAAUGGUUUGGGCCUGCACAACAGAGACUCAGUGUUUUUGCCUUUACACUGAUACAAGUUCUUAUCUGUGUGCUUUGGCUAACAAUAUCUCCUCCUUUUCCAUACAAAAAUAUGAAAUAUUAUAAGGAGAAGAUUAUUCUUGAAUGCAGUCUGGGUUCUACUGUAGGUUUCUGGGCUGUGUUGGGUUAUAUUGGCCUACUGGCUAUCUUGUGCUUUAUUCUGGCUUUUCUGGCUCGGACUUUGCCUGAUAACUUCAAUGAAGCUAAAUUCAUCACAUUCAGUAUGCUCAUAUUCUGUGCUGUAUGGAUCACAUUUAUUCCAGCUUAUAUCAGUUCUCCAGGAAAAUUUACUGUAGCUGUGGGGAUAUUUGCUAUUUUAGCAUCAAGCUUUGGUUUACUUCUCUGCAUAUUUGCCCCUAAAUGUUACAUCAUCCUGUUUAAGCCCGAACAAAAUACAAAACAACAUAUGAUGGGAAAAACACAAACUAAGUCCUACUGA